ACGUGCUCGGCCUCUUCACUGAGGGCGGUGCCUACCUACUAGCUGCCGGUAGGCUGGAUUGUUGUUGUUUGUGGGAAAAGUACUUCAAAAGUACAAAAACUACUCUCUUAAAAUGGGAACCCGAGAUGACGAAUACGACUAUUUGUUCAAAGUCGUUCUAAUCGGAGACUCUGGCGUGGGGAAGAGUAACCUGCUGUCCCGUUUCACAAGAAAUGAGUUCAACCUGGAGAGCAAGAGCACCAUCGGGGUGGAGUUUGCCACCCGAAGCAUCCAGGUGGACGGCAAGACGAUAAAGGCGCAGAUCUGGGACACGGCCGGACAGGAACGCUACAGAGCGAUCACCUCGGCGUAUUACAGGGGCGCGGUCGGAGCUCUCCUGGUGUACGACAUCGCCAAGCACCUGACAUACGAGAACAUUGAGCGCUGGCUGAAGGAGCUGAGGGACCACGCCGAUAACAACAUCGUCAUCAUGCAAGUCGGAAACAAGAGCGACCUCCGCCACCUCAGGGCCGUGCCCACCGACGAGGCUCGAGCCUUUGCAGAAAAGAACGCUAUCUCAUUUAUUGAAACUUCCGCUUUGGACUCCACUAAUGUAGAGGAAGCCUUUAAGAACAUUCUAACAGAAAUCUACCGCAUUGUUUCUCAGAAGCAAAUAUCGGACAGAUCUGCACACGACGAGUCUCCCGGCAACAACGUAGUGGACAUAAGUCUCCCCCCGACCACAGACGGCCAGCGGGGCAACAAGCUCCCUUGCUGCCAGAGCCUGUGACGCUCUCGUCCUUCCUCCCCCCUGUUUGACUCUCUGUCGUCCCUCUCAUCUCUUCACCUCUGGUUUACUUCAGUUGUCAUGCUGCUGUCAGAAUGACGCCCGCUCGGGUUCAAAAGUCUGCGACACCAAGACUGUUGUACCGUACAUUCCUCUCACCCACCCCCCCCCCAGCUGUUUACUUGUUUUUUUUUUGUUUUUUUUCCUUUCCUCUUAAUUCUCCAUUCUCAGAAGAACCUGUCCACACAAAUGUAUGACCGGCGAUGGUCUUCAGAGGGACGGGGUAUGAAGCUCUUAUGAAGUCCAUCCCCGAUCCGUUAACUAGCCCUCCGUGGUCCCAUUGAGCUGCUCCCCUUGACGGGAUGGUGAGGGAUCAGUAGACCUGUGUGUCAGCGCUUCGAGUGGUUUGUUCCCUUUUUCCUCAGCUUGCAAUGACUCUGGAAUCCCAAUUUCAUGUCUGGUUGACCCGAUUCUGCCUGUCACGCGGCGUAGAGGAGACGAGGGGGAGGUACCGCUGGAGUAUCGAUGCGUCCUCUGCUCCGUCUGGAUGUUCGAUCCGCCUCUUUGAUUUUAAUUUCCCUCUUCGAGCCCUGAGCCCACUGUGGCAGGAAAUUAGCAUGAGCCAGGGACCAGACUGGCUGUGACUGUCUGACUUGUUUCGGGCAAGUGGGAUAGAAAUUAAGUGAUUUUAUGUGUGUGUGUGUGUGUGUUUGUGUGUUAAUCUUGGUGAACAGAGAAACCAAAGUAGAAGGGUGCAAUCUUAUCAGUUUUGGGUUAUCUCAUUUAAGCGUGUUAAAGGCGGCUAAAGUUGCAUUUCAUUUGCUGUAUCUGGUGAACCCACCUACGCUAUUUGCUUAAGAUCUCUAAUGCUAACUAGCGAGAAAUUGUGUGUGUGCGUGUGUGUGUGAUUUAUUAGUGUGAUAAUAUUAUCAGCCUGGAUCAGUUGGCUGAACUCAAUUUUCUUUUAACAAGCUGUCUGGAAAAUGAAUCUCUCUUGCACUUAAGUCCAAUCAUUUCAGUGGAACAAAUCAGUUUUUUUUAUUUUUUUAUAACUCAAACCUCAUUUCCCUUUUGUUUGUAAAGUUGUUGGAUGAGAAGACAGAAAGCACUGUAUGAUGUUCUUUGUCUAAAACAGCACUUUCCUCACAUGUACUCGGUCACUCUUUUGGUUUCAUUUCUUAAAGGGAAGUGUGUAAUCAGAACAUUUAAAUGUUGAAUAAAACCAAUUAAAAUACUCCAUGUAACACUUUAACUCCAGCUUACUGCGAAACUGUAUCUGAAAUGCAAAUUGUCUGUGUGCAUGGCUGAAAUGUCUCUUAUUCACUCACAUGGAAGAUUUGAUGUAUUAUGUCUUAUGAUAUUUCACUUUUUUUCAUUUUUUUUUUUUUUUUCAAAAUAUGUAAUGGCAGCAAACUCGAUUUUGUCAAUUUGCUUUACACAGAAAAAAAAAAUUGAAGCUUAAAUAAAUUUGGUUCACGAGACCGUA